AUGAUUCAAUAAGAGUAAUUCACAGCAGAAUAAAUCUAGCAAUAUGAUUAACUUGCUGAUUGUACAUUUCAAAUAUAUAUAUUUAGAGGCCAUUCAGUAAUUCUAACAAAUUCUACCUCUUACUCCUGAAAAUAAAUGGGAUCUUCAUAGUGAUAAGAAUGGUUUUAAGAUCCAUCUUAGGCCUGAUAAAGACACUGGUCUUAAUUUUUCAAGAGGAGAAGGCUUCUUACCUUAUACUAUUGAAUAAAUAAUGGAAGUUCUUAAUUAAGUAGAGAAUGCUGAAAAAUUUGAUGAAUUGUGUGAAUAAGUAUUAAUUUACAAUACAAUUAUUUUAGGCCUCCCUCAUCUAAAAAAUAAGAGAUGAUUUACUUGUCUUUUAUUAAAGAUUGAAGGAUAUGUUUAUAGUGGUUUCAGGAAGAGAUUUUGUUAUUUUGUAAAAGAGACAUAGAGAUGGAAAUAAAUUAUGGGUAGUGGGUAAAUCAAUUGAAUUAGCAUCAAAACCACCUGUAAAAGGAAAGGUUAGAGGUGAAUUAAAACUAGGAGGUUGGUUAUUAGAGGAGAAGGAAGGAGUAAUUAUAUAUCUAAAAUAUUAGGGUACAUAAGUUAUUUAUAUGACCUGGGGAGAUCCAAAAGGUAAUUUGCCAGCAAAGGCUGUAAAUUUUGCAUCUAGUGCUCAGGGUUAAGUUGUAGAAAGAUUGAAAAAGUUUAUGGAUUAAAAACACGGAAAAAAAUGAUAU